AGCGGCUCCGGCAACGAAACAGGCAUCCAAGCAAGCAGACAUCAAAAGUCAUCGAGUCGUGUAUACGUUCGCAGUGAACGGGUGCGCCCAUUUCGCCCGCCUUCUGGUUCGUGUUUGUGGCCCGUUAUCGGGUGUUGGUGCGGCCGUACGUCGACCAGUGCGGCCGAAAUCGUGCAUUGUCGCCAGCAACGAGGAUAUCGGCCCCAAUAAGUAGACUCGGAGGGUGAAUAGUGGCCGAGCUUGCUUUCUGCUUUACUCUCGCAGCCGCUCUCACUUCGACUUCUCACUUGCGAUGCUUGCCAGCUAGGCAGCCAGCAGCCCAAAUCUAGGUCAGCUGACAGCGGAAGCACCGAAUCGGCCUUUCGGCAGCGCUUUCGGCACCAGGGUCGAUCGUCUAGGUACUCCCUCUCCCUUGUUUACACUCGCCACAGCUGAUUUACGAGGGAGACGCCCACAUCCAUCAUCCCGCGAGUGUGCUUGGUGAACUAGAACCACAUUCUCUCUGGCGUUCAGUGUUUUGACUCUCUUUGCGUGUCCAAAAACUGUGUGUAGACUAAGUUCGAGUAUAUAGAUAGACAGACAGUCACUCGAGUGUGCACACCGAAAAAAAGACCGACCGCUGCGUCUGCAUCCAAGCACUUGGUCUCAUUUGUCUACAUAUGCGAGCAGCAGAUAUUCUCGUCGGAUUUAUUGCAGGACCCGCUUGAUGCCCUACAUAUUAUCCGCGUGAAAAAGCAGAAACUGGCACGUCAGGAAUACACAAACCAUCCUGACGUACCCCACACCGUUGGACCCUUUGCACGUUCGGACAGGGCGAGCGUUAUAUAUCGCUUGGAUCACCCCCGAAUGGACCUGAAGCACGAGUCACCGAGCGCUGCCGCUAUGAUGUUCCGUGGAGGUGGCGGAGCGGUCCCCAUGCCUCUGACCAAGAGCCCGCUCUCAGAGGGCAUGCUGCGGAUGCAAGACAUAAAAACAGAGCCGCGCACCAGCUCUCCAUGCAGCGACCAACCCACAAGCAGCAAGCGGGCCCACCCCGACGAGGGAUGGGCUCCCUCGCCGGGACAGACUUCCCUUGACCCUCUCUCGCCAUCGUCCACAUUCCAGAGCGCCAACAGCUCCGGCGGCCCGCCCGGCGGCUCCCAGGGGUUCCACAUGACCAAUGGGUACUCUUCUUCAGUAUCCAACUGCAGCUACGACCCUUACAGCCCCAACGGAAAACAUGGUCGCGAUGACUUGUCGCCUCCGACCAGUGUGCUGGGCUUCCCGACCGGCAGCGAGUCCAUGGACAGCAAAAAGCGCAAAGGCCCAGCUCCCCGGCAGCAGGAGGAACUGUGUUUGGUGUGCGGCGACCGCGCCUCUGGAUACCACUACAAUGCGCUCACCUGCGAAGGCUGCAAAGGUUUCUUCAGGCGCAGCAUAACCAAGAACGCCGUGUACCAGUGCAAAUAUGGAAACAACUGCGAGAUCGACAUGUACAUGCGACGCAAGUGUCAAGAGUGUCGACUCAAAAAGUGUCUCACCGUCGGCAUGAGGCCAGAAUGUGUUGUUCCUGAAAUUCAAUGUGCCGUGAAGAGAGAAGCGAAAAAGGCACAAAAGGACAAAGACAAACCAAACUCGACGACGUGUGGCAGCUCCCCUGAGUCGGUUGUUCGCGAACCAGAAUCCAGAGUGUCCAGCAUUAGCAACGGACACCCGACCCCUGCUCAACGCAAACCAAUCCUGAAGAAUUUCCAGAUGCAGGACGUUGCGCCCCCCAGCAAUGGAGGAAAAGCCAUUAGCCCUGAGCAAGAAGAGCUCAUCGCCAGGCUUGUCUUCUUCCAAAAUGAGUACGAACAACCCCCCGCAGAUGACCUGAAAAGGAUCAUGAACCAACCGCUGGAAGGAGAGGACCCAAGUGACAUCAAGUUCAGGCACAUCACUGAAAUCACAAUACUUACUGUCCAACUCAUUGUUGAGUUCGCCAAAAGGCUACCUGGCUUUGACAAACUCUUACGAGAGGACCAAAUCGCCUUGUUGAAGGCUUGCUCAAGUGAGGUCAUGAUGCUUCGGAUGGCGCGAAGUUACGACAUACAGAAUGACAGCAUUGUGUUUGCCAACAACCAGCCGUACAACCGAGAUUCCUACAGCCUCGCUGGUAUGGGUGACACCAUCGAGGAUCUGCUCCAUUUCUGCCGGCGCAUCUACAGUAUGAAGGUGGACAAUGCUGAGUACGCGCUUCUCACAGCCAUAGUAAUUUUCUCAGAGAGACCUGCAUUGAACGAAGCCUGGAAAGUGGAGAAGAUCCAGGAAAUCUACCUGGAUGCCCUGAGGGCGUACGUGGAUUCUCAGAGAAAGGAAAAGUGCGGUCCCACGUUCGCGAAGCGGCUGUCAGUGUUGACCGAACUGAGGACUCUGGGCAACCAGAACUCGGAAGUUUGCUUCUCGCUGAAGCUGAAGAACAAGAAACUGCCACCAUUCCUCGCUGAGAUCUGGGACGUGGUCCCGUAAGAGCUGGGGGGGGCCCCGGGGGACUUUUCUCGUGCAGGCUGUGAAACUUGUUUGGAAGGAAAAAGACUUCCCGCCGAAACCGAUUGCAAUAAUUGACUGAAUUGGAACGUUCGGACAGUGGAGAGUGCCGAACAUGCACACACACACAAAGUUUGGUGCCUUCGCAACUUUACAUAAUAUUCUGUAGGUGCGCAUAAGGGAGGGGGAGAGCAAAAGACUUUAGUACCCCGUCGGAGCGAAUGAUUCCCAUCAGCCCGAUUUGUUUGCCCUAUGGUGCUGCGUACAAGUCUGAUUUACACUCACACUCACACAAAUUACGAAGAAGAUGAAGAAAACGUUGAUGAAGAUGGAAUCGAACUGCGCUGAGCCGUCCCGAGUUAAAACAAAACACAUUUGAGUAAAAAUCAGAGAAUUAUUUAAAUACUAAUUGUAGUAGCAGAUGAGAAGAGACUCUCGCUGAAUUUAUUGAACAAUUAGAGAGACCAAAAUUCAUUUGGAGACUGAGGAAAUGUAAUCGAUGCUGAUGAUUUUCACUUAUUUUGUUGUUGCAAGCUGAUUCUGUUGAUGUUUAGAAGCGAGACACAAGUACGACUCUACUUUCUUCUAACUGUUUAACCCGCACUCUGGCAGCUGGGACCUGGCCUCUUCAAACUAUACAUUAGCCAAGGUGUGACGAGGUGUUUUUUCCCUUUUUACGCGACGUGUGCGGGUCUGCCAGGGAGGCAUGAUCGUCCGUCGAUCGUGCCUCUCGGGCAGCGACUUGGGGUUGCCGCGCCUUUUUGCCGACUUUUACCAGACCCGCAACCCCGAGUGACGCGUUCGUUGUGAUCUUAACAGUGAGAUUCGUUUGAUUUUAACCGAUCCAGUUUUAUUUUAACUCGAAAUUUCCUCUCGUAUCGGACUGCUUCACACCAUCCGACUCUUUCCUCAAGGAUAAUCAACCAGUGCACUAUUUCUCAGGGAGUCACUGUGAUUGGCCUCAAAUGCUCAUGCAAUCCCAAUCAGAAACCGGCGCCCAAAAGCCAGAGUGCACUAUGAGACGUUCUUGCUUUUGUAUCUGUUCUCGAAAUGAUACGAUCUGUACCUGUGGUGAAUUUAACCGAGUAAGAAACACGCGACUUCGACUAAACUGAAACUCUGUAGGGUGAGGUGGCGUGGCAGUUGUCUCCAAACAAGUGAAAUUCGUUUGAAUGUACGUGGCAAUUAGAGUUACGCACGCGCCCACGCGACUGUAUUUUGGCGACAACUGCCGACUAUUCUACUUGUAAUAUCAAUUAAUUUUUAUAUUGAUUAACACAAACACACAAACAACAAUGCGAGAGAGAGAAAGAGAUGAGAGAGUUUUAUCCAUUUACAAACUGUAUUAUUUGUAAAUAACAGAGAGAAACAAAAAACAAUUAAGCGACAAACAUAUAACGUGUCUGGCAAUUAGACGUAUUUAAAUAAUUAAAUAAAGGGACACUUUGCAAUUUACAUUUGUAUUUAUGGCAUUAGUGAAUAAACUCGAGUGGGAUUCGUGUCUUUUCUCUUCUGCAGGGGCUGCGGGUGUGGUGGGGGCGGCUCCCGGACCGCGGGAGCCCCCUUUGGCGGAUAUUUUCUUCCACUCUCUCAGAUAAUUAUGUUUUUUAUUAUUGAUUAAUUAGUAAGAGCCAAUUUUAUAUAAAUACACACGCAGACACACUUGAGUAAGAUGUAAAUGUGCGGACGAAUGAUAUUUUGUUGAUGGUAUGGCGAAUCUAAUCUGAAAAACAGUAGACUCUGCGGAGGAAAUAUAAUAUCAAAAAUUGCAAGCAAGCUUUAUCGUCUCAGCCGACGAGGCCCGGCCCAAACUGCGUCGCCGGCCAAGUCUGUGUACAAAAAUUUAUUUUCAAAUGCUGUCACGGGGAAAAAAAAGAAAGAAUACGACUCCUUUUGUGUAGAGCGAAAUCCUAACAAAGCAAGUUCUGUGUGUUAGUCUAUCUCUCUCUUGUCAACUUACUCUGAGCAUCGAAUUUUGAUAGGAUUCAUAAUAUAAAAAAGAAAACUCUAUGUGGAAAUUUUUCAGCAAUCUGUCUGAUGUAAAUGAGCAACAAAAUGGUUUGGCCAGCCACUCUGGCCGGGGCUGCGGGAAGGCCGAGGCUUUUCUCAUUUCCUAUUCAUACAUAAAAAUAGCAAAGUACUUAAAUUUAAGUGGCUUUGGCUGCUCCGGCCGCCCCGGUUGUCUGGCACCCGCCAAACCGACGUAAUUGAGUCGUCAAAUCAGACAAUAAAUUUAUAGUAAAAUUUUCUCACAGUAAAAUUUUUGCAGCCAACUUGCAAAGAUUUGCAACAAUCAGGGACUUGAUCUGUGCCUCGUUGGUCGAAAUUUGUAAUCAAUCGUGUGUAUUCUUUCUCGUUUCGAGUUGGUUGUGUUUUCAGUUUUGGCGACUUGAAAUUGAAAGAGAUGCAACAUUUAUUUUUGUGAGGAAAAAUGAGCCAUCCGAUCCGAUAAUGAUGGAGCAAAAUGUAGCGGACUUAAUACAAUAUGUGAAUAUGUGGAAGUCUGAAUUUAGUAAUUAUGAUAAAAAUAUAUCAAGCGCAACCGAGUUGAAUAAAUCGUGAAAUAUUUAUAUCAAAAGGGACUAAACUUGUUACGCUCGAGAUCAACACACACACACACACACACGGAAAAAAUGGCGACAAAUACUUCAGCUGUAUAGCGAUAGGGUUUAAAUCUGUAAGAUAGGCAGGCUCUGCUUUAGGAGUUUCACAAUACAUGCAAACACCCACAAUUCUUAUAAUCUUUGUAUGGCAAAAAACCGCAUGCAUUCAUUAUAUGGAGUGAGCCUACUAACUGCGAUUCGUGCGAAAGUUGAUUGUGUGAAAAAGGAUAUGAAUACUGUAAAAGUUGUUCUAUUUUGUCCAGUAAAUUGAAAACAUCAAAUACUAAAACAAA